UCCCACCCUGGUCUCUCCCAGGCCCCAGCCUGGCACUCUAACCACUACACCACACUGCCUCUCUCCACCUUUCAGUGGGUUUCCAGGAUACCUUACAAAACAUUAAAGAUUAUAGGUAAGCACACUGAAACAAAAAACACCCAAAGCCCCCUCCAUGACUACAGGGGGGGAGGAUUUGGGGGGAAUCCCUCCAAUGGUUGGGCAGCCAUCAGUCAUGGGGUUGGACUAGAUGACCCUCAGGUUCCUUCCAACUCUACAAUUCUAUGAUCCUGUGCAAUCACCUGGGGUCUCUCAACCUAGCCCACCUUGCAGGGGUGUUGUGAAUCUUUAAAAACAACUGCAUCCAUAUAUGGAGGAUAAAUUGGGUAGAAUAAAAGCAGCAAAACUCUUUCGCGCACCCAGGACUGAACUCACCUGGUUUGCCCUGGGCGGGGAAGGGUUAACCAGAUGCGCCCAUCACCCGGACCCAGAAGCCUCCUCGGCCCCUGGCCAGCUGCCCAAAGAUCAAAGGGCCCCCAUUAGCCAAUCAGCCCCCAUCAGCUGCCUCUUCCUCCGCUCCCCACCCACCCCCAAAGCAAGGAUUCGGAUCACCUUUCUUGCCCCAGUUUCCCCAUCGCCAGCCAAGGGUGCUCUGCAAAGCCAGGCGUCUCCAAAAAAGAGACUAGAAUAGGAUGGCGCAUUCGCACUCUUUCCAACUGAUUCUGGGAGCAGCUGGGAUGCUCUGGGUCUUGCUGGUGGGAGGGAUGCAUUUGCAAAGGCAGGAAAGUUUGGUGUUGAAAUCUCUGGGGCUCACGACCAGGCCCAGCCCCAGAUCUCCCCCUCCCGUGCCCCAUCUGCUCUGGAAGAUGUUCCACAAGAGAGCCGGCCGGCCUCCAGCCUCCGAGGAAGGGAGGGCGCCUUGCUGGGUGGAAGAAUUCAGGGUUCCCGGCAAUAUCAUCCGAGUCUUCCCAGACCAAGGCCAAUUCAUCCACAGCGACAAGCCACGGAGUUGGCUGUGCCUCCAGAAGCGGCUGUACUUCAAUUUCUCCACCCUGGACAAAGGGGAGCAGGUGACGAUGGCGCAGCUGCAGAUCCGUUUCCGCCACAACCAGUACCAGGUCGCCAGUCCGGGCCACCCUUUGGAGCUGAGCUUGUACCAGGCCUCCCAGGCAGCUCUGCGAGGGAUGUCCUCGCACGCCUACAGCCGGAAGCUCUUGGUGGAGCAAAGCUUCAUCCAUCUCCACAAGUCCUUCGUCUUCAACCUGACCGAGGCAGCAAAGGUGUGGCAAACCCCUGCCCGGAACCUGGGCUUGGUGCUUGAAAUCGCCGGGGGGAAGCUGUGCUCUGGUGCAGAUUCCUUCCUCGACACCUCCCUCCUUGUGGUCUCCCUGGCGCACGGACAGUGUGGGAGAACCCGGAAGCGGCGGAGCACCUACUACGUCCCGACGGCCGCCAGCAAUGUCUGCAAGCCGCGACGGCUGUACAUCAGCUUCCGCGACGUUGGCUGGGAAGACUGGAUCAUCGCCCCCCAGGGUUACCUGGCGAACUACUGCCUGGGCGAGUGCCCCUUCCCACUGGCCGAGGAUCUCAACAGCACCAACCACGCCAUUCUGCAGACAGUGGUGCACUCCCUCGACCCCGAAGGGACCCCCCAGCCCUGCUGCGUCCCUGUCCGCCUCUCGCCCAUCUCCAUCUUGUAUUACGACAACGACGACAACGUUGUGCUGAGGCACUAUGAGGACAUGGUGGUGGACGAGUGCGGGUGCCGGUAAAGGGGGUGGGGUGUUCCCUGGCGUGGCUUUGUUGCGGUGGGGCACUCGCGCAGAGUGGCAUUGGCCAGCCUCUCCCUGCUGGAGCUCUGCAUCGAGAACCAGAUUAUCCUGCAUUCAUGGCCCCUUGGGCUUUAGGAAACAGCGCUCGCUUAAACAGAGUUGUAUUUUAUUUUCUGCACCAAAGCAAAGACUGCACAUGGGUUUUUAACACUACCUAAUCGCUUCCAGAUUGUUUUCCUAGGGUGGAACUAUUGUAAAAGUUUUAAUUCUAAUAGUGAACGACAUGAAGAAAUCUGAAGUUGUUGGGUAUUUUUAAAAAGAAAUGUAUUAAUAGCUUCAUGGGGGUUGGGGGGGGUCUUCAUUUUUUGCCGGUGUGGUUUUGGUGAAGGCUUUUUAAAAGGUAAUUGCAAUUUGUCAUUAAAGCAGAACAAAAGGUGA